UACACUGGCACAGCCAUGAGCGGGGCACUGACAAUUUUCCUGCUGCUACUAGGGGCGGGUGCUGUGUCGGGUUAUGGAGAAUACCGGAAGCGCCUUCCAAAUGGCGAACGGGUCCCUCAUCCCUGUCGGGCCAACUUCUACUGGCAUGGCGUGGGUCACAUCAACGCUCUUGGUGGAGGAAACCGAAACGACUUUGGCAAAGAUUUCGCUUCUCAAGGUCACAUGUGGACACAAGAUUUGUGCCGUUUAGAUUCUGAUGGUGACGGUAUGACCAACGGUCAAGAGCUUGGUGACCCGAACUGCGUGUGGACUGCAGACAGUGGUAAUCUCCCUUCACGGACAACCGACAUUACUCACCCAGGUGUGUGUGACCCUUUUGACUCCCCUGCCUGUCAAGCGAAGAAUGCGUGGGUUUCGUGUAAAGGGUCAGAACUAGAGUGCGAUGCUCUCAACGCACCAGAUGUGAGGAACUUCACGAUCCGUUUCCCCGAAACCGACGUGCCCGCCGAGGACACCACCUACAUCUGCAUGAUUUUCAACGUCCCCUCUGACCAGGACUACCACUACAUUGGAAGCAAGCCUCUCAUCGACAACGAAAACGUCAUGCAUCACGUCAUAGUCUACGGCUGCUCUGACACAUCAGAGGAACUACCAACAGAACCAUACAAAUGUGGCAUGGAUGCUGGGAAGGGAUGCACAGCAGGUCUAGGGGGGCUGGACAGUUGGUUUCACUGGAACAACCCGAACGAAGUGUCAGGCUGGAAGGACAGUUCAGGAAUGACGUUCUUUUACACCCCCAACUUACGAAAGAAUAAUGGCUCACUCAUGUCACUCGGACAGAUGAACCUAGCAAUCCCCCCUGGACAAUCAGAGGUCACGUUCAGAGGAGAAUGUACAUCUGAAUGCACACGAAAACUUAUGACAGAGCCCAUCUAUGUCCCAACAGCCUUGAAUCAUAUGCAUUAUUUAGGUAGAUCAGCGUCCGUAGAGCUGAGGCGAAAUGGACAAAGGGUCCGCUAUCUGACCAAUGAACCAGAGUACAGCUAUGACCAGCCUCUCUACUUCAACUAUGACGAUCCAGUUGAGCUUCUUCCUGGAGACAGCUUAGUGACCACCUGCAAAUUCGAAUCAACGUAUAAGAAGAACUGGGUAUUCUACGGCGAUGGAACAUCAGAUGAAAUGUGCUUUGGGUUCCUUUGGUACUACCCAGAACAUGCUCUGAAGAAUGGGGGAUGUGUGUCGUGGAAGAGCAUCAAUAUUUGUGGGCGUGAGAGCCUCAUUGAGAAGAACUGCAACGUCUGGGAAUUUGUAUUUCAAGUCGAUGCUGAGUCUAAGGCGCUCUUCAAGUCCGUGAACGUCUACUGUAAUCUCCUGUCCGAUUUGUGCACCCCCGAAUGCAAGAUGGCGGUCAUGGACAUCCUGAAACACCCUUGCUUAAGUGGAGGCGAUGUCUCAGACUAUGUCAGAAAUCUCAUGCGUAGAUCCAAAGAAGGGCUGGAGUUCCUCGGCAAGCUGGCAAUGUGCGAUGUGAAUAAGAAUGACUUUAACUAUCCCCAAUCCGGUGGCGCAGGAACCCAUGUGGCCUCCCUGACGUUGAUCUUCCUCGCGGUGAUCAUGGCUUAGAUUCAGUCGACAAAGUUUUGGUUUUUCCAUUUUUUAGUCUUUUCUAAAAUGUUGGCUUGCAUUUAAAGUCAGAUGUAGUACUAUUCUCGGUGUAUGGCAGUGUUAAUGAAAAUACCCCGAAAACCCGGGCCCAAGUAGUCAAAAUCUUUCUGAUAUUGGACAAUUAUUAAACGCUUGGAUUGGCAGUUUUUG